UUUUAACUAAACCUUGUAGUGCAUGAGUCAAAGUGGAGUUUGAUCUUUUGGCGUGUGGCGGAAACUCUCAAGCCAAGCCUGAGAUUCCUGGGAUCGCUCUCCUGUCAUUUGUGAUACGCUGUGUUGUUUGGACAACUAAGCUCAAGGAAUGAUACACACUACUUACUGAAAGAUGACCUUUGAAGCCACCAGCAUGCCCCCUUCUCCAACACCCUCUCCAGGGGGCAAAACCACUCUGGGUACUGUGGAUAUCGUGGUGCUGGUAGUCUACUUCCUGCUGGUUCUGGCUGUUGGCUUCUGGUCCAUGUGGAGGACGAAGCGCAGCACGGUGGAUGGAUACUUCCUGGCUGGGAAGAACAUGACCUGGUGGCCAGUGGGUGCAUCGCUGUUUGCCAGUAACAUUGGCAGCGGGCAUUUCAUUGGCCUGGCAGGGUCAGGAGCUGCAGCAGGAAUUGCGGCGAUUGCAUAUGAGUGGAAUGGUAUGCUGAUGGUGCUGCUGCUGGGGUGGCUCUUCCUGCCCAUUUAUAUCUCCUCUGGGGUGAUGACCAUGCCAGAAUACUUGCAGCGGCGGUUUGGUGGUAGAAGAACACAGUUAUUUAUAGCUGUCCUGUCCUUAUUUAUUUACAUCUUUACAAAGAUAUCGGUGGACAUGUACGCUGGUGCGCUGUUCAUUCAGCUGGCCUUACAAUGGGACAUCUACCUUGCUAUUGUGCUGCUGCUGUCAAUCACUGCUCUCUACACCGUAGCAGGUGGUCUGGCUGCAGUCAUCUACACAGAUGCUGCUCAAACUGCCAUCAUGCUGGCGGGAGCUCUCACCCUCAUGGGCUUCAGCUUUGUGGAGAUAGGAGGCUGGGAUGGUCUGAUGGACGGAUACGCCAACGCCAUCCCUUCUGUCCGUGUGCCAAACUCAACCUGUGGUAUCCCUCGAGAGGAUUCUUUCCACAUAUUCAGAGACCCGGUGAACUCUGACCUGCCUUGGCCUGGGGUCAUCAUCGGCAUGUCCAUCCCCAGCAUUUGGUACUGGUGCUCUGACCAGGUCAUCGUCCAGCGAUCCUUGGCUGCUAAGACCCUGACCCAUGCAAAAGGAGGAUCGCUCCUGGCUGCUUAUCUGAAGAUUCUGCCUUUCUUUGCAGUCAUGCUGCCUGGCAUGAUCAGCAGGAUACUGUAUACAGAUGAUGUGGCGUGUGCAGACCCUGAGGUGUGUAAGAAGAUUUGUGGCAACCCAGUGGGUUGUACAGAUACCGCCUACGCCAGACUGGUCAUGGAGCUGCUGCCUACAGGGCUGCGAGGUUUGAUGAUGGCGGUUAUGAUCGCUGCCCUCAUGUCCUCUCUGACAUCCAUCUUCAACAGUGCCAGCACCAUUUUCACCAUGGAUCUAUGGAAGACUUUUAGAUCCCGUGCAUCUGAAUGGGAACUCAUGAUUGUGAGCAGGGUGUUUGUGCUCGUGCUGGUGGUGGUGUCCGUGCUGUGGAUUCCCGUCGUCCAGGCCAGUCAGGGUGGGCAGCUUUUUAUCUACAUCCAGUCCAUCAGCACCUACCUGCAGCCCCCAGUCUCCAUCAUCUUCCUCACAGGGUGCUUCUGGAAGAGGACUAAUGAGAAGGGUGCAUUCUGGGGCCUGGUUGUCGGCCUGUUGGUGGGCUGCAUCCGCAUGUUGUUGGACUUUAUUUACCCUGAACCCCUGUGCUAUGAGGAGGAUGACAGACCUGAGGUGCUGAAGCACGUCCAUUACCUGUACUUCUCCAUGCUGCUGUCCUUCAUCACCCUGGUUGUGGUGGUUGUAGUCAGCCUGGCUACAGAGGAGCCCAAACCGGAGCAGAUUAGUCGUCUCACCUGGUUCACAAGGUUUGACCCAGUGGAGCCCAAAGAGCAGGUCUUCUCAGUGGAACGCAGCAUUAAAAACUUAGAGAUGGUCACUAGUCAGACAAAUGAGAUGGGAGUCACUGAAGAGAACAGUAAUGGAAAAGCAUGUCAUCACAGGAAAGACUCUUCAUCCUCCAUGUCCAGUGUCCAGAGCCAGUCCAAGCUGAUGUCUGCCCUCUACUGGCUGUGUGGGAUGGAGAGGAGGAAGGAGGGAGAUGAUAAUCCUAUGACGCCUCCUCCACCUGAACAGGCUAUCUGUUCUCUGGAGGAAAAGCCACGGCUACGACUCAUUAUCAACGUCAACCUCCUCAUUUGCCUCUCUGUAACUGCCUUCAUCAUCGGCUACUGGGCUUAACAGGCAGGUCAUGACACUCUCAAUGGAUACAUGGUGUGUGGGGUGGAGAAAAGGGUGUGUACAGAUUGUAACGUCUUUUGUUUUUCUUUAAGUAUGAGAAGAAGCUGCGCUUUCUUCUUGCUCCAGUCUUAAAACUGACAGUAAAAUAAGAUGAGUGACACCAUUUCCUUCAAAACACACAGUGACUUGCCAUGUUACACUUGUCAAACAAAUCAUAUGACAAAUGUUGCUCAUCUGAAGCAUGAUUUUACAACACUGAUGCCUGGAAUUGGAUCUUAAUCUUGCAGUCAUACAUGGAAGGAGUGCUUAAGUCAAUUUAAUAAAAGCUCCAUUUACACUGUCAUUUGGUGAAUUAAUUACAGCUGAAAAACAUUUCCAAACUGACUAUGAUGACUGAUGGCAGGCGACUUCUUUUUCACGCUUUGCAUCCAGCUUUGAUUGAGGAACAAUUACGCUUUGACAAAAUGACAAAUAACUGCCGAGAAGAAGCUGUAAAAUGUUGAACAACCUUUAAUUAUCAAGAGUAAUGAUGCUUUGUAUGAUGCAUUAUGUGCAGAAAAGCCAACAUAAAAAUGCUGAGAAGAAAUUAAAAAAAAAAAAAAAAAAAAAACAAUCAAA